AUGGCCGACUUCUCGACAGCACCGGCCGUGGUCUCCCCUCCACCCUUCCAGCCGGGCUACCAGCAUCCCUUCGUCCCGCAGCCCUUCCAACCGCAACGUCAGCCGCCGGCACAGCAGCAGACCCAGCAGUCGAACUACCGCAAGCCUGUCCCAUACACGUCCGCUCAAUCGGGCACCAACACGCCCGCGAACGUCUCUCCCACGUCGCCACGCACCACCAAUGUCCAUCCCAACCACGCCCGACAGCUGCGUCCGCCCAAGCUGCCCAUGUAUGUGCCCGCCGUGCUGAGGCCGACCGAGAAGCCCUCUCGCCAGUCGCCGCCCAAGACAGGCGACUCCGGCGUCGACAGCGCCGAGUCCAGCUUCGGCUCAGCCGUUCGUCGUGCCACAGGCGACAGCGUCGACUCCUUCAGUGGAACCAUCUCCAGCGAGGAGUCAAACUUCGAGGGCAAAGGACCGGUGACUGGGCCUCCGUCGCGGAAUCACUGGCAGCCUGACAACUCCACCUCCGUAUGUACCGCGUCGUGCUGCAAGCAGCCAUUCUCUUUCCUCAACCGCCGCCAUCAUUGCCGACGAUGCGGAGGCAUCUUCUGCGGAGCUCACAGCAACAAUACUGUCAAGCUCAAUCAACUGGCGCUCUUCCACCCUCAUGGCGCCUUCUAUCGAGCUUGCGAUCGUUGCCACACCGAAUAUCGCCAGUUCGAAGCCAACCGUCACAGCCGCUCCAACAGCGAGAGUUCCAGUGGCCCCGUCGCUAUUGAUGCUCCAGCCGCUGCUAAGCGUCCCCAAGGCCUCCGUGUUGGUAGCUUAAUUAGCAGUGCGCCAGCAACAUGGGCCUGGAGCACCUUCUGA